AUGAUUGAUGAAGGAGAGAACUUGAAUUGGGACAACUUCAAGAGGGUCUUCCUUGAGAUGUAUUUUUCGGAUGAUGUGAGGAGUCAGAAGGAAGUGGAAUUCCUUGAUCUGAAGCAAGGGAAUGAUAUAGUGGCAGAGUAUGCUUCCAAAUUUGAUGCUUUGGUUCGUUAUUGUAGUCACUACCAUGGUGAGGGUGGUGAAAGGGCUAAGUGCAUUAAGUUCGUGAAUGGCCUUCGCCUGAGAAUCUAUGAUCGUGAAAAUCGUGCACGUGUCGCUUUCUACAAGGGAGCUAGAGGUCCUAUGGAUACUAUAAGUUCUGGUGCUUCAAGUAAGAGUAAACCUUACUCUACUCCUGCUAAGUUCCAAGGGAAUCAAGUUGCUGCUAGUGGGAGCAAAGGAAAGGGUCACAUCAGCACCCAGUGUCUUGAAUCACCAAGACCACGUGUUAUUGGAUCGGAUGUCCAAAUUGAGAAUCCAAAGGCUGUAGGUAGAAUAUUUGCUCUUGGUGGUACUGAAGCUGCUCGGUCAUAA